GCUUGUCCUCGCCUGCGGCCCGCCCGCACGACACCGGCUCCGGUCCCUAACCUGACCGACACAACCACUCGAUGACUCAUGCACAAACGUACGCCCCUUGGUGACACUGUCGGGAGAGUGUAGUGCGAACGGUGUGUUGUUCCAUGCAGAAGCGGUCAGUGCUGUGUCGGUUGUCGUGUGCCCUUGUCAUGUGGGGAGUGAGAUGGUGCUGAUGGGCAGCAUGUGUCCGCGAAGGCCGCUGGGCCUGCUCCUCGCGCUGCUCGCAGCCGCCGCGCUCGCCAACCAGCUCGAGGAUAUCCCGCACAAUGAAGUCAAAAACUGGGCGUUAAAAUUUGGCGUGGACUUAUGGGAGUUUGGGAGGCAUUUCACUAAAAUGAAUCAGAUACAAAAUAAAUACCACGAGUACAACGUGGACGUGGUCCGCAAGGACGGGCUGCUGCUGGUGCGCGAGCUGGCCGCUGAGGUCAAGAACCACAUGGACUUCAAGAUCAAUGCUGUCAUGAGAAUAAUGGACAGUGCCGAAGCCGCUGCGCUGUCAGCCGGCAGUGGAGCCAGUGACGGUGCUCCAGGCUCGUAUUACGACGCGCGCUGGCUGAACGUGCACGCUGACGACGGCACGCUGGCGGCCCGCGCGCGCCGCCUCUCGCUCACCCCGAGCCGACACUUCGACCACAUCGCCGUCAACUCCAGCUACAGUGCGGUGCUUAUGCCACCCUAUAUUAAUACCGAUGAUGGCGAGGUACAAAACCAAAUCGCAUGGUCGGAACAUUUGGACCCCUUAUUCGUAAAUAACUACGAGAUUGACCCUACAUUAUCAUGGCAAUACUACGCGUCCUCUACUGGUUUCAUGAGGCGAUAUCCAGCUAUGUCUUGGCCUCCAGAAGACGGUUACUCUCACCAUGCAAGAGACUUCUACGACUUCAGGUCCUCAAACUGGUUUGUGGAAGCAGCGACGUCGCCCAAAGACCUGGUGAUCCUUCUCGACGACUCCGAUGACUUGAGCUCGUCAUAUUGGCGCCUGGCAAAGUCUACCGUAUCGGCCCUACUGGACACUCUCGGACCGAACGACUUUGUGAACAUCUACAGAUACAGCGAUACGGUGUCAGAACUCCACACAUGUUAUACGAAGGUUUUAGCUCAGGCCAUACCUGAAACAAUAAGAGAACUGAAGACAACGCUUUGGAACGCAGAGCUUUCUGGGGGAGUGGCCAAUCUUACCGGUGCUUUGACGUCUGCCUUCGAAAUCCUUCACCGGUACAACCGUACAGGGCAGGGUUGCCAGUGCAAUCAGGCGAUCGCGGUGAUAGGCGCGGGCGGGGGCGCUGCCGGCGUCAAGGGCGUGUUCCGCACUUGGAACUGGCCUCACAUGCCAGUUCGCAUCUUCACAUAUCGAGUGGGCGGCGAUGCUGCUGCAGGACACACUAUGAAGGACAUGGCUUGUACUAAUAAAGGUUUCUACGUGACAAUAAACGAGCACUCGGAGAUAAAAUCGAAAGUGCUGCACUUCGUGGAGGUGCUAGCGAGGCCUCUGGUCAUGUACCAGACGGUACACCCAGUACACUGGAGCCCGGCGUACGUCGGCGGAAGGAGUAGUAGCCUGGCUGAUGAUGGCAUGGGCCAACUGAUGUCUUCCGUCACCGUACCUAUUUUCGAUAGGAGAAACCACACGCAAAGAGAAGCCAAUUUACUCGGUGUGGUGGGAACUGAUGUGCCUAUCGAUCAAUUAAAGAAGCUCGUGCCACCCUACAAGUUGGGUGUGAACGGUUACUCGUUCAUGGUGGACAACAACGGGCAUGUAUUGUAUCAUCCUGAUUUAAGGCCAUUGCACACGAACGAGGAAUACACAGAGACGCUGCGCCCUCUAUACUCGAGCGUUGACCUCACGGAUGUGGAACUGCUGGUGGAUUCUGAUGAGAACUCUAGGGUGAACCUUACCUCGCUGCUGCUCGAUUUACGUCAUGACAUGAUAGAACAACGGGAGGGAGAAACUGAAAUCGCCGUCAAAGUGCAGUACGACAACAUGAGGCGUGUCGCGACGAGACGCCAGCGAUACUUCUACAGUCCAGUGGACGGCACUCCCUUCUCAUUGGCGGCUGUACUGCCUGACGGUUAUGGGAUGUACGAGCUGCAAGCCGAGCAGGAGGUCAAGCAUAGUCCUAUCAAUGUCACGGAAUACUUCAAAGGCGAGAACUGGAAAGUUCACCCAGAUUGGGUAUACUGUGAAUACGCCUCAACAUCAGACCAGUCCUUCAACUCUGCGGAGGAGCAGCUCGUGCACUUCCUCUCGCGCACGGGCCGGCCCGGCUGGAAGUGGAUGUCUCUGCGGCCGCGAGCCCUCACCCUGCACAACGCGCACAAGAAACAGGACAGGGACUCUUAUUAUUGUGACAAAACUUUAGUACAAUCAUUAAUCAGGGAUGCCAUGGUAAUCAAAGAAUUGGACGCUCACACUGGACAUGCAAGCCACCACAACCACCCGAUAGCGACUUUAAUGGCACUACUAACAAGACAAGGACGCUUCCACAAGUUCGUGGUCACGCUGUCUUUCAUCGCGACCCGCAGCGGCUUGCUCAAGUGGACCGAAAACACCAACACCUCUAGAAGUACCGACUCUGCUGAAUCCCACUUUAGCGAGAGAUACGCUCGAGCGUUUGACUCGGAAUGGUACCGGCGCGCUGUGGAGCACCACGCUAUCGAACCAGAGAGCUUCGUAUUCUCCGUUCCCUUCCGCGAUGGUUCUGAGGCGGAGGAGCUCAGUGGCCGGCCACCCCUGGUACUGGCCACUCAUGCCGUGUUUGUGGAGUCACGUGGACAUCGCGCACCCGCUGCUGUUGUUGGACUACACUUCCAGUUAGAUUCUCUGGCCAAACACUUCUUGAAUGUUACUUCUGCUUGCACAGUUGGCACAGUCUGUAAAAAGACAUGUGCAGGCGACGAGUUGGACUGCUACAUCUUAGACGACAACGGUUUCAUCAUACUAUCAGAAGAUGCGUCACAGACGGGAAGGUUCUUUGGACAGGUUGACGGCACUAUCAUGGACUCGCUGGUGCAGGAUCGAAUAUACAAGAAAGUAGUCGUACAUGAUCAUCAGGGAAGAUGCCCCGAUUCUAGAAAUCCUUUUAGUGGCGACGGACAUAAGCUCACACCACUGAAACCUCUAUCCUGGCUCGGCAGUUAUCUCACUAGUCUACUCGCCGUAUGGUUUCCGCUGUGGGAGACAGCUCGCGCGCGUGCGAGGCCAUACGCCGAAGAAGAAGUUGAUUAUGAGGACUACGAGAACGAAGAUGGCGAAAACGAUGAUGACUUGGAUAGAGAUCGUGGAACAUACGAGAUCAUAAUAGACGGGCUGGGCGAGACUUCCCGCGACAAUGGCCGCUCCCACACUGGUCCGUCUCCCCCUCCGGGCGGCGGCGGCGGCGCCAUGCCCCCUCCCCCGCGUGAGGCGGCGCGCUCUGCAGCCGUCCGACCGUGCGACACCAGCGCUGAACUCUUUACAUUGCAAUCUUCUCGACUAAAUACUGCACAACCGCUCAAGGGUAAACUCACCAACUGUCACAAUUCCGGCUGCGAGAGGCCAUUCAGCGUGCAAAAGAUCCCGCACAGCAACCUGAUCCUGCUGGUAGUGGACACGCUGUGUCCGUGUGGAGCUAAGCGGCUGGACGUGCGGCCUCGCGAGGCGGGUGCCCGCGCCGCCUGCCGCCCCGCGCCCGCCAGGCAUCGCCGCCGCGCGGCACACUGCGGCUCUUACCAUCCCGAGGAAAUUGAAAUACAAUCGUGCGGUCGCGGAGAGCGCAUGGUACCCGCGAUUACCUCACUAAUAGUGCCGCUUGUGCUGCGAUUAGUGAUCAGCACGUGACUGCUAAGUUUAACGUAAAAAAAUACCAACCAAUACGGGACCCAAACUGUCCCGAACGCCGUCGUGUCGUGAAGCUUUCUGUACCCCACUCAGUUUCAGUAAUCCGGUUGAUAUUUUAACUGUACCUUGUAGAGUUUCACGACAUCUUCAGGGAAAGCUUCUGCCAGGUGUGGCGUUCAUGUGUUCUUGCGAGUGUUAUAAGUGCGGAGCGGAGUGCGGUCUGUGUGUGCGGUGUAGCGCGUUGCGUGUUGCGUGUUGCAUGAUACAGGCUGCGGCGCGGCGAGCCUGCGCCGCGGUGCGUUACAGUUUUGAUCAAUUUUACCGACUGAAGUUUUGGUCCGACCAAGUGAACUUUUGAUCUUGCAUAAGACAGGAUUAUAGUCGAGUUAGGAUAUGAUGAUAAUUGAAAUAUUUUCUCCUCUCUGUUAAGUUGUCACUUUUCAUAUUGUAACUGAUGCAAAAGCAUCCAGUAAAUAGGUAGGUAACGAAUAUCUUGUUAAAUUUAAAUCGAGGAUUAUCACAAACUUGGAGAUCUUAUAAAUUAUAGCUAAUGUUAAUAGGUAUUGAAAGAUAAUUAAUGUAAAAUAAUAAUAUCGUUUAAAACUGUUUUAGAAAAAUUUACCUAUGUUGAACCUAAUUCGAUUUAUUUCUUUAUAUCUGUCAUUCAAAUUAAUCGCAAACUUAUUGAAUAGUUGCUAGGGGUUGAUGUAAAUAAGAAUAAUUUAUUUGUAGAAAAAUUGUUUUGCUGAAUUUAUGUGUGCCUGUGUAAUGUAAAAAAAAUCGUUGUGUCGUCGAGAAGGCGUCGCAGCGCUAACACGCACUGCCAUAGAGGGGAACAAUAGUAAUUCAUAGCAAGUUGUUGUUGAAACUGAAGAUGGUGUGGUGUGCAUCCACACGAGUGGCUCGACUGGACGUGCGGUCGCACGACGGUCAGGUCGGACCGUCCGGGUCGGUCGGAUCGGUCGGCUCGGUCGGACGGGGGAGGGCGGCGUGUCCCCGAGCGCGGCGACGCCUACAUCUCUGACGACUUUCCAUUCUAGUCGUUAGUGAUUUUCUCGCCUAAUAUUCGAGUAAUGUCGUAAAGAAACUGUAAACAGUUUCGUAUUUUUAUUGUAAAUAUUUUACUAACUUAAAUGGCCUACUACAAUUUUAAGAAAGUGUGUUGCUAAUAUAUAGUUCGUUCAAAUUCGACUUCUGCUGUCGUAUAACUUCGUCAUAUCGAUCUGUAACAAUAAUUAUUUGCAUAUCAUUGUUCUCUUUCAAUUGUUUCUAGUUGAAAAGAUAAGGCCUCGGAACAUUGGAAAAGUACUGACAUUCUACAUUCAUACGUAAAUAUCAAAUUUCGAAGUUUAAGAGAAUAAGCGUAUUUACCUAUUGACUUGUUUGUACCUUACCUAAAUGUGAAUGUUAAAUAGGAGUAAUGUUCAGAUCCAUACAUACUUACAUUAAACAUUAAAUAGAAUUUUAUAUAAGUAUCAUAUUAUAUUAAAUAGUCAUUAAUGUACACGAGUAUACGGCUUGCUAUUGUCCAUUUAAUUGCAAACUCUGAAAUAGUACAAAUGCCAUACAUGCCUAUACAGAUAUUCCUAGUAAAGAUAGCCGUCAGAGAUUGAGUGCCAAACCCCUGUAUGACAAUAUGCGUCGCAGUUCACAAUGAUAUAGAACGGGACCGAUAGUUUAUGUAAUGCGUGUACAUACUUGUGAUACGUCGGACAAUAGCAAGCUAGACAUUCUUAUUGUAACGUAGAUUGAUUACAGUAAUCUCUUGAUGUGUACUCCCUAUGUAAUGUUAAGUGGAGAGCGAACUGAGCGGGCUUAGACGUAUUUAGAUGGCCUGUAUACGGGCCUUGUAUAUGCAAUUUAACGGCAUUUAUAUUAUACAGUAGUUAGAAUGCAUUACCCAGAAACUUUUAUAUAUUCUCUUGCAUACAAUAUUAUAGAGAAAUUCUAGUAAUUAAAAGCAAUAUUAAAGUAAACUCGGUAUAUUCCCCCAAUGAGUAACAGCGAGAUUACUGUAGUCAGUGUGCUGGUAUCACCGACAGCUGACACACCAUAUCGUACACAGCAUACUCACAAACUAUAAUACAGAUAUCGUUGAAGGCGCUUUUGAGAAAUUGUACAUUUUGUAUAAAUAAUACAGUAAGGAGUCGAUUUAAUGGCGUAGAGAUUGUUUAAAGUGAUGAGUGGCGAACGACUGGUAAUGUAUUGAAAGUGCUUCUAGUAAGCGUCGAGUCUUCCAUAGCAGUCGAACGCGGGGGCGAGUGUUUACUGUUACGUCUAAGUAUUAAACGAUAAUAAUAGCGUAUACUUAUCAUAGCAUAGGCGGAGCUCGCGUCUUGUACCUUGUGCAGAUAUUUUUACUUGCACUUCGCGGGAUUUAGUUCUAUGUAACUAUAGACACAAAACAAAUACCUCGUUUAGUUACUCAAAAUGUAAUAGUUAGACAGAGUUAGCGUUUAUUUCGCGUUUAGUUCUUGGACAUAUCAAUUCAGGCACCAAAUGAGACUAUAGCGUAAGCAAUUUUUAAAUUUUUUCAUGUAUUACAAUAUUGAUAUCGAUUAUUUUAAUAAGGUCUUUAUCAAUUGUAGUGUCGCGUGACUGGCGCGCAACUGAAUGAUCCCACAUUGACAGGGUCCUCGUUAAAAUAGUUGUCUAGUUACGUACGCGCGUACAAGUGAGGCGGUCACCUCCAUAUUCCACUAUGUUCACUAAUCCCUGUAUCGUACAUUUUUCUAAAUCUAAAUUCAACUUGGUUUUCGUGUUAGACAUUGAGACACUUAAGUUCUAAGCUUUUAGGACUAAAAUCAAAAUUCUUGUUGGUAAAUAAUAAAAUUAUUCGGUAUGUGAAGCAAAAUUUUUAUCGUUACUGUUUAUAAUUUUGUUAUACUUAGUUAAAAGAUAAUAGUUAUCAUUCGGCACGGCAAUCUGUGUGAACAUGGUUCUCUAGCGUAAUUCUAGUUAAAUACUGUUCUUUUUGUUACUUGCCAGUUCAUGCUAUAGAUAUACAGUAAUUACAACAAUAAAGUUCUCUUAUAACAUUGUGA